AUGCCGCAAGAAACAACAGUUAGAGAAAAGCAAAAGAAAUUGACUUCCAAAUUGAUACUCAAAAUCAAUAACGCAAAUGAGAAACUCCCUAGAUCAAACUUGUCAUCGCCAUCGAGGUUUGAAUGCAAUUACAGCGACUCAAAUUCUGUUGCUCAUCCGUGCUUUAUUUUAGAUCAAUCAAUAGAAAGAAGACAAGCAAUCCAUGGGGCUGAUCUGAGUGGUAAUGAUCUAAUUAAACCAAUAACUGCAAAGCAUAACGAACCAAGCAAUGCAUUUUCCAUCUUGAAUGGUGAUCCCACCAGCAUAGGAAAACUAAUAGCAGACGAAACCCCUCGUUCUCUGGUGAGGAUCAUGGAUGAUCGAAGCACCAUAUCUAGUGUUUUAGGGUCACCCUGUUUAUCAAAUGAUAACAUUCAUAGAAUUGCUAGUUCAGAUUAUCCUUACAAAGAUGAUAAGAAGAUCCAUAUUUUACUCGGUGUUUCAGGGAGCACCUCGGUGAGCAAAGUGCUACCAGUUGUUAAAAAGCUUUUCAGCACCUAUACACCGGAUAAGAUUGCCAUUAAGAUUGUAAUGACAGAUUCUGCUUUAAAUAUUUUGAAUUUACAAGAUGAUGCAAAUAAUGGUAAGAACGAGCCAAAUUUGAAGAAAAAGAGCAAUUGGCAAAAAAUUAUGGAUAUGGGAAUCGAGAGAAUUUGGACUGAUAAAGAUGCCUAUAAUUAUCAAUCAAGAUACUUGAAAUCUAAAAAGCCUUUUGAGAAGCACUUCCACCCAGAACCUAUUUUGCAAUUGGAUCUUGGGAAAUGGGCAGAUUUGAUGGUGAUUGCUCCAUUGUCUGCGAAUACUUUAGCGAAGAUAGUUAACGGAUUGGCAACAAACUUGUUGACGACUAUAGUCACCACCUGGAAUAGACAAAAACCAAUAAUUGCCGCCCUUAGCAUUAAUAAUAUGGCGUAUUCUCAGCCAAUUACAAGGAUGCACUUGGAUUUAAUGAAACAAUACUUUCCCUUUAUUCAAAUAUUGCAACCUAUGGAGAAGGUCAUUGGUAAAGGUAAUACCAGUUUAGCUGGAAUGAGAGAAUGGCCAGAUAUUGUGGAAGUAAUCAUUAAGAAAAUUGGACCACCAUCAGAUUAUGACAAUGACGAUGAUGAAGAUUCCAACAAUAAUGAUGAUGGCAUUAGCAAUAGAAACACAGAUAGUGAGGCUAGUAAUGAUGACGGUGAUGAUGAUGACGAUGGUGAUGAUGAUGAUGAUGAUGAUGAUGGUAAUCAAAAGGACAAAGAAUAG